AUGGGGAGGCGAUCGGUCAAGGAGAGCGCGAUCAGGGUAGGGCAGAAGGCUCACUUCGCCUGGUCCGACGUCUCCUUCACCCUCUCCCCCAAGGUGAUUGGAGGCUCAGGGAAGGACCCGCGGGUGCUGAAGAACCUGUCGGGGAGUGCGAACCCCGGCGAGGUGAUCGCCAUCAUGGGCGCGAGUGGGAGCGGCAAGACGUCGCUGCUGAACGUGCUCAGCGGCAGGAUCAUGUCCAUGAACGGGCACGUUGUCACCUCCAAGUUCACCGUCAACGGGCAUGAGAUCAGCGCAGAGGAGAUCGGCCCCAACGUGGCCUACGUGACGCAGGAGGACGCGCUCUGCCCUACUGCCACCCCGCGCGAGGCCCUGGAGUUCAGUGCGAGGCUGCGGCUGCCGCCGGAGGUCACCAAGGAAGAACGAGAGACGAUGAUCGAGGACGUUAUCAGCAUCCUCCACCUUGACAAGUGCGCCGACACAGUGAUCGGAAACGAGCUCAUCAAGGGCAUCUCGGGAGGAGAGAAGAGGCGCACCAGCAUCGGCCCGACGUCCGGCCUCGACUCAUACGCUGCCUACAACGUCGUCAACGCUCUCAAGGACCUUGCGGCGCUGGGAUGUACUGUCCUCUGUACCAUCCACCAGCCUUCAUCAGAGGUCUUUCAUCUCUUCGACCGCGUCCUCCUGCUCUGCGACGGCAGGACGUUCUACGACGGCUCCGUGCAUGACAUGGGGUCGUACCUUGCGUCCAUCGAGCGUCCCAUUCCCCCAGAGACCAACCCGGCUGACCACGUGAUGUUCCUCAUGCAGACGGAGGAGAAGGAGAAGCUGGGGGAGAGGGACGUUCACAGCCUGGCCAGCAACACGGAGGACGUAGCGUCUCUCAAGAAGAUCCAGCGGCAGCAGGCAGGAUGGCUGACCCAGUUCAUCGUCCUCGGGAAGAGGGAGGUACAGAGUGUGCUGAGGGACAAGGGUACGCUGGGGCGAGGUACGAUCGGCAACGGCACUGACAUCGCGUCGCACUUCGGAGCUCUGGCCAACCUUGCCAUCAGCGGCAUGUUCGGGGCCUCCCAGCCAGUGAUCCUCCUGUUCCCCUCCGAGCGUCCCCGGUUCGUCCGCGAGUACGCGACGGGAACGUACAGCGCCGUCCCCUACUUCUGGUCGAAGCUGUGCACCGAGAUCCCCCUGACCUUCAGCACGUCCAUCAUCACCUUCCUCAUCGCCUACUGGAUUGAGGCGUUUCAUGGCUCCUUCAUCCUCCACGUGAUCGCCCACUGGCUAAUCGGCGUCGCCGCCUCCUCCACCGCCCUCUUCGCCGGCUGCUGGGCGUCCAACGUUCAGGUAGCCAUGCAGGCGGCGCCGGCCAUCUUCGUCCCUCAGAUCCUCUUUGCGGGCUUCUUCAUCAAGAUCCAGCAGAUCCCCGUAUGGAUCCGUUGGGCCCAGUAUCUGUGCUCCCUCAAGUUCGGCAUCAACCUCUUCCUGCUCAACGAGUUCCAGAACGGCUGCAGGGACUUCCAACGCCCAGCAUGUGCCCAGCUGCUGGAGUCCAAUGACAUCAAGCCGGACCUCUGGUGGGCGUACGGGCUGAUCCUCGUGGGAAUCUUCUUCUUCUUCCGCUUCGCUGCUCUCAUCGUCCUCACCAAGAAGGCGAGAGGGUUUGCGCUUGCCUAG